AUGGAGACUCCUGCGAGAUCUAGCCGCGCGCAUCGUCUCAACCGGGGUCCGCUAUAUUUUCAGCCAUGGUCGUUGCCUGCAGUCGCUAUUGUCCUCGUCGUGGUCACGAUGUUGUCUGGGAGGGCUGUGGGAGAAUUGAUACAAACGGGGGACAAUGGGGACCUGAUAAACCGCAGUGGGCUUGUUAUGUCCACCACGGACGGAACACGGACAUACUCAGUCCCAAUAAACCAACUGCCACUAGAUGCCAAUCACGAUCAAGCUAAUACAAGGAAAGUGAAGAACUUUGUCAACAACCUAGUCCUGUACACUUCCGAUACGGACCGGGAAUUCUCCACUGGCAACUUGGCAUUCAUAUCCUGCGACUCCUCCAACGGAAAUAAUGCCUCCGCUGCCUUCCUCAAAGCAAUCUCCCAGAAACCCCAACCAUACUGCGUGAUAUUCUACACCGUCGAGCACGACUAUUGCGACUACAAUCCACAGCAAGACUACAAUUACGACCUCGUAUUUACAACCCUCGACAGAGAAUCUGCAAACGACUUCCAGCUCCUCAUGAAUACCACCGGCGAUAAGCUCGAUGUCACGAUAAACUAUGACAGCAGCGUCGAAGAUCAGCCAACCCAACAGGACCGAAACAGCUUGUCUUCCAACCAGAAUAACAGCGUUCUGGGACCCUCGCCGUCUACAAGCGUGGCGUUGAUAAUCCUCUACAGCAUCACCGGAGUUAUCACUGCGUUGUUCCUGCUUAUCAUCCUGAUCGGUGCAAUCCGGGCCCACAGGCAUCCGGAACGUUACGGCCCGCGAGCGCCCCGGUUUGGCCGCCCCCGCCAGUCACGAGCCAAAGGCCUUGCAAGAGCAGUCUUGGACACCCUGCCGAUCGUCCGUUUCGGAGACCCGCCAGCUCCGGAAGGUGCCAAUGAUGGGAUUGUCAAACCAACUGACCUGGAGAUGGCACCUGACUCAAUCACAUCCAGGACAUCCGAAGAUGAUCGUAGAAGGUCUGUCGUGCCUUCGGUAGCAUCACAGUCCACCCCGAGUGUAAGUGGAAUUGCGCCGGUUUCUGGUGAGGAUGCUGCUGCGAGGGAGGGUGCCGAGCCGGCGGUGAUGUCAACGUCAGAGAUGGAUCCGUCGCAGCUGAGGUGCCCGGUUUGUAUGGAAGACUUUGAGUCUGGAGUGGAUCUGCGUGUCCUGCCGUGCCAUCACAGUUUCCACCCAGAUUGUAUUGACCCAUGGCUACUUAACGUUGCUGGUUCCUGUCCAUUAUGCCGUAUCGACCUCCGCCCUGAAGACCAGCGUCAAUCCAUCGAAGUAACCCCUCCACCAGCCCCAGAACCAGUUCAGAGUGGCAGCCGCAUAAUGCGCUAUCUCGAUAUCGCACGCGGCAGCUCUUCAAGUGACGAACGCAUGGCCGCCUUGAGGCAGCUGCGAGAAGAGAACGGCACCAGACCGCCAAGGAGCCGCGCGCCAGAGUUGGGGAUCAGUAGACUGAGAAGGGUCUUUAACCGGCGCAUGAGCGGGAGUAGAGCGGGCUCGUCGGUUACGGUUAAUGAGCCUGCGCCUCCGGCGGCUGAAGUGGCGGGUGCGGAGACGGCACGGGGGGGUGUGGGGUUGACGACGAUUAAUAGUGCUGAUGUGGAGAGACCUGCUCCUGCAGUCCUUAGCGACAACAGUCAGCGUUAA